UGCGUUUUGACAAAAUGGCUGCGCCCAUUGAGCACAAGUCAACAAAUAUGUGUUUUUCUUGAAUUUCCUUAGAGAAUAUCAAACGAAAGGUCCACUAAGACAAUGGCUUCUAUAGAAACGUGGGUAAAUGACAAGCUCCACGAUCUAUUAGGCAUAUCCGACAAAUACAUCGGCCAGUAUUUCGUUGGACUUGCAGCGAAGUCUGAAAGUCAUGACGAAUUCGUCGAUAAACUUCGCGACACGGGAGCAGUGGAUGUCGAUGAGCAAGUGACACAGUUUGCAAAAGAAUUAUUUAGUCGGGUUCCUCAUAAAAAGAAAAUUGAGAGAGCUUUGACAACAGAUCAACAUCGCCAAAAGGAACUAGAACACAAGAACAAGACAUAUACUCUGUUGUCUGAUGAUGAUGAAGAUGCUGUGCCUGCUGCAACAAUGCCAAAGAGAAGUUCAAAGGAGAAAAAAAGAAACAUUCGCAAAAAGCAAGAAUCAUCUGAGAGCAGUAGUGAGAGUGACAGGAAUGAUGCUGAUGACCUGGAUGCAGAUGAGGACAUGGACUCAGAUUCCGACUCAGACGAGGCCCAGCGGCAGCUGGACCUGAAGGAGCGAGAUGAGUUUGCCAAGAGACUGAAGGACAAAGACAAGGAGAAAACACGAACUGUAACAUCUAAAACUGACAAGAAGGCGUACAAGGAAGCCAAGAAGCGUCUACAGCUGGAGACAGAAGACAGGAAGCACAUCAUCCCAGAGUUGCGGAAACAGUCCCGCCGCGACUACCUCAAGAAGCGAGGUCAUGACAAACUGGAGGACCUGGAGGCUGAGAUCAUUGAUGACGAGUAUCUGUUUGAUGGCAAGAAUCUCACCAGGAGGGAACAUGCUGAACUGAACUACAAGAAGAAGGUUCUGAAACUAGCCAAGGACCAUCGUAAAGCUGGGGAUGUUGAGAAGGUGAACCGCUACUAUAUGCCAAAGGACGAUGUGAAGCCACAGGACCGGUAUGUGGAGGACAUGACGGAGCUCGGACCCAACUAUGAACAGUCUCGAUGGGAGGAGGACCAUCUGUCCACUGCUCUCCUCAAGUUUGGCGCCAAAGAUGCCAAGUCCAAGAAGAAGGCUCAGGAGUAUGAGGUCAUCAUGGACGAUGAGAUCGAGUUUGUGCAAGCUCUCCAGUUGCCCGGCUCCAUCAAGGACAAGGACCAGAUGCCCCAAAUGUCUGAGGGGGAGAAACAGAAAAUGACCAUCGAGGAGACAAAGAAGAGUCUGCCAAUCUAUCCCUUCAAGCAGGACCUAAUUGAUGCUAUCCGCGCUCACCAGGUCCUGAUCAUCGAGGGUGAGACAGGGUCAGGCAAGACUACACAGAUACCACAGUACCUCAAUGAUGCGGGUUUCAACAAAAAUGGCAUGAUGGUUGGAUGCACCCAGCCUCGACGAGUGGCGGCCAUGUCUGUAGCAUCCAGAGUGGCACAAGAGAUGGGGUACAAACUCGGAAACGAGGUUGGCUACAGCAUCAGGUUUGAGGACUGCACGUCGGAGAGAACCAUCCUCAAGUACAUGACAGACGGCAUGCUGCUGCGAGAGUUCCUGUCAGAACCAGAUCUGGCCAGUUACAGUGUGUUAAUAAUUGAUGAGGCCCACGAGCGGACCCUUCACACGGAUGUACUGUUCGGUUUGGUCAAGGACAUCUCAAGGUUUCGACCAGAUCUCAAACUUCUGAUUUCUAGUGCAACACUUGAUGCUCAGAAGUUUUCAGAGUUUUUUGAUGAUGCGCCAAUAUUCCGGAUUCCUGGCAGAAGGUUUCCUGUCCAUAUCUUCUACACUAAGGCUCCUGAGGCGGACUACCUGGAUGCAGUGGUGGUGUCGGUGCUGCAGAUCCAUGUCACACAAUCCCCUGGGGACAUCCUUGUCUUCCUCACAGGGCAGGAGGAGAUCGAGACAGCGCAGGAAAUGUUGACGGAAAGAACAAGGAAACUGGGGUCAAAGAUCAAGGAGUUGGUGAUUCUUCCGAUAUACUCCAAUCUACCCUCUGAGAUGCAGGCCAAGAUAUUCGAACCCACACCACCAGGGGGCAGGAAGGUUGUUCUGGCAACAAAUAUCGCAGAGACAUCCCUGACAAUAGACGGCAUCAUCUAUGUGAUAGAUCCUGGUUUCUGUAAAAUGAAGAGUUACAACGCUCGCACAGGCAUGGAGUCACUAGUUGUCAGUCCUAUAUCCAGGGCAUCAGCCAAUCAGAGGGCUGGUCGGGCAGGGCGUGUUGCUGCAGGAAAGUGUUUCCGGUUGUACACGGCAUGGGCGUACAAGAACGAACUGGAGGACAACACCAUCCCUGAGAUCCAGCGCACCAACCUCGGCAACGUGGUGCUGUUGUUGAAGAGUCUGGGGAUUAACGAUCUCAUCAACUUUGACUUCAUGGACCCGCCACCCCACGAGACUCUGGUGCUCGCUUUAGAGCAGCUGUAUGCUCUCGGGGCACUCAACCACAUGGGGGAGCUCACAAAGCUCGGGAGACGCAUGGCCGAGUUUCCUGUUGAUCCCAUGAUGUCCAAGAUGAUCCUUGCUUCCGAAAAAUACAAGUGUUCCAAGGAAGUGAUCACAAUAGCUGCCAUGUUGUCUGUGAACAAUGCAAUAUUCUACCGUCCCAAAGACAAAAUAGUCCAUGCAGAUACAGCUCGUGUUAAUUUCUUCGUCCCUGGAGGAGACCAUCUGACCUUGUUGAAUGUGUACACCCAAUGGGAGGACACAGACUACUCCACACAGUGGUGUUAUGAGAACUUCAUACAGCACCGGUCCAUGAAGCGAGCCCGUGACGUCCGUGAACAGCUUGAGGGGCUCCUGGACAGAGUGGAAAUAGAGAUUGUGUCCAACCCUGGAGAGACUGUCAAUAUUCGAAAGGCCGUUACAGCAGGCUACUUCUACCACACAUCCAGGAUGGACAAGGGCGGACAGUACAAGACAGUCAAACACCAUCAGACGGUCAUGAUCCAUCCAAACAGCUCAUUGUUUGAAGAGCUGCCACGAUGGCUUAUCUACCACGAACUGGUGUUCACCUCGAAAGAGUUCAUGAGACAGGUGAUCGAGAUAGAGAAUGGCUGGCUUCUGGAAGUAACGCCACAUUACUACCGGGCCAAGGACCUCGAGUCAGGCGCCAAUAAGAAGAUGCCAAAAGCAGGAAAAGCCAGGGAUGACUUGAACAGACUGUAUUAAGAGACUAACAAGACACUGAUUGAGUUUCACAGCUGUAAUUCUAAGGACAAACUGAAACAUCAGUUAUAUUGAAUCACAUGUGAUGGAUUCCUUGAUGCUAGUUUCACAUUGGACGUGUUGGAACCAAAAUGCACCCAUGAACUGAGCAAGCAGAUGAAGACAGGUACUCCUCAUUUGAUUACAGGUGUUAGGCUCUAUAAGGUACCACCGAGUUGAGCAAGCACUUGGGGACGUGAUGAAGAGGCGACUUCUCAAAAAGUGGAGAAACACACAACCAAAAUCACAGUGUGAAUAAAAGAUUGAUUGACUUACAAGAUUGACACAAAAGAUUUGGGGCAGGUUUGGGGAUAUGUACACAUUUACAUUCCAACAGUAUAUUUUUGUUAAGCAGAACAGAUAUGUUCGAAUAUUUCUAUUUCAGGACUAAAUUAACUGCCUUGAAAUAAAGUUGUUGUCACUGAAGCCAGGGAGGUGAAGAAACUACAGAUCAUGUGUAGCUCUAGACUGAUAACGGCAGUUGAGUAGUCUAGUAGUAAAACAUAUGUUUAUCUAGCCAAAGGCUCAGGUUUAGCUAAGUUCAAUGUGUGAGCUCGGUUUCUGGUGUUCCACCAUGAUAUUGCAGAAAUGUUGCUGAAAGAGGGCCAAGCAUGACUCAUUUUAAAAAAUCAGUCCACAGGACAGACCAGGUUCUUAAUAUAAUUUUUAGUACAUUUUAGUGUUAUUACAUGUAUGAUUAUCUGAGCUUACCAGACUGGACAGAAUUUUACUAGUGACUAGUCUCUGGCUUGUGUCAAGUGGCUAAAGCUGAAGACUCCAUCACAUCAAAACUAUUGUAGAAUCCUUGAAUGUGAAGAGACACAAAUAAUUAGGUGUACAAUGGGCAAUGAAAAAUCAUCAUGUAUAUACCAUCCUUGUACAUAUCCCAUGUUGCCUUGCUGUAUAUAUGUACAUGUGUGUGUAAAUAAAACAUUACUACCAUCUUA